UCUAAUUAUAUAUAUAAAUGCAUAUAUGAAAACCGAUUACCUUUUUACAUAGUGGAAAUUUUACUAAAGAAAGGGAUUAAUUAAUUUUUAUGAAUGAAAUUAAUGUUCUGUCAAAAUCUACUGAAGUACUUAAUGAUAACGUAGAUGUCAGUAAAGAAACUAAGAAACGUUUGGCGCGAAUGAAAAGUACGACCAAUAGAAAAACUGAUCCGUUGAAUACAUCGAAACUACCCAAUGAAGAUGAAGAGCCAAAAUCGUCGGAGACAGUUAAGGACGAAAUCCAUGGAAUUGAAUAUAAGAUAAGUCGUGAACCAGAGAUUGUAUUCGUAGACCAGUUGGAUAAUGCAUAUAGAUGCGUGAAAUGCAACCGUGUAUUGCGUGUACCAUUUUUAUUUGAAGAUUGUGGACACAGAUGCUGUUCUGGUUGUGUACCGGAUAUAUUCAGAGCAACUUCAAAAUGCCCAAUAGACAAGCAAAAUCUGAAAAAGAUCGUGUUCAUUUGGACAAAGCAUUUCAAGAACACAUGGAUGGGUUGAAUGUGAAAUGUUCUUAUCAUAUUGAAGGAUGCUCAUGGACAGGAAUUCUCAGUGAACUAGGCUAUCAUCUCAGUCAAUGUGAAUAUAGAAUUGUCUUAUGCCCA